CUAUUGCAUCAUAUUGCGCGCUGAAACACAUUCUCGUUAUCGCACUUUCGAAGGGACUUAUGUCGCGUCGUAAAAUUGGAUUGGAAUUAGGAAAAAUCAAUAACAAGAAAUUAGUGAAAGUUGCAUUCUUUGAAUUAAUAACUGGUGCGUUAAUUGCUUUAAUAAAACGAAUCCUCUGACCGUCUAUUCUUGUGUUUGUGCGUGCUUGCUACCUCUCAAAAUGGCGUGAACAGCUUGGUCAGUUUUAGGUUAUUUUGCACUUGUGGUCCAGUAAUGUUUGAGACGUGCUUUCAAAGUGUAUUGUUCAGUUGGUGUUUACGUGGAUUUUGAGGUUUAGUUUUCCGAGUUAUGAGGACGGAAUGCCCGCAAGCAGUAAUGGUCGUUUUCGCGGUUACCCAGCGCGGAUGUCCGAGCGGCAGCAACUCGCGCUUCUAUUGCAAAUGACCUCCCAAGAUAUGGUCUCAGGUGGAAACCGUUCUGAUACAGCAGGAACACAGAAUACUUCUAGAUCAACAUUGCAGAGAAGUAAUUCAAAAAGUCGAUGGUCAAAUAGGAAUGGAAAUGCACCAAUGCAUAUGAGCAUCAAUCGCAAGAAUGAUUUUUGUGUUCGACAGAUAUUGAAUACUUACAAGUCAAACUCUAAACAGUCUACUGCAGAAAUAAUCGGAACAACUUCUACCGACGAAUCAAGCAGCGAUCCUAAUACUCCAAGCUCCUUGUCUGAUACUGCGACCACAGCGCCGUUCAUUGAGCAGCACGACAAUCGCCAGCAACAAGAUCGUCCGAGCGAAAGUAGACCAAGCACCACACCGUCCAUUGCUGAAGACAGUGGAGCCCCCUGUGAGAUGCGGAGAACACCACCGCAAAGCAAAGUUGAUAGAUCAGGAACUAAGCAGUCUGGAAGCUCGCCACGGGUGACGCUUCGACUUAACCAGGUGCGAAGUGCAAGAGAUGAAAAGAGAGGCAGUGGAAACUCCCGUCAGGGCAUAAGUGUGCAAAAUCAAAGCCAAAUGGAUGCUUCCUCAAAAACAUCUACUGCCUCUUCGGGCUCUAACUCUUCAAGCACGGGUCAGAGUAACAGUGGAAACCAAUCAACCGACAAUGGUGAUGUUUAUGAAUUUAAAAGUUCCAAAGAAGCAACUCCUGUACGAGGUGCAAAUUCUCCACCAAAUAUAAAUUCUGAUAAAGAAAAGGAUAGCAAACCUCUUGUUGGUACUGGAAAUAUAAGUACAGCUACAGGAAAUAUCUCAGCAAAUUCAACGGAAACAACAGUCCAAAAUUCUGAAGAAGGGACGGUUUCUACAUCACCUUCUUCCUCUUCAAAAAGAUCAUUUGAUGGAGAUGUCAUUGAAGAUCAAGAUGAUGAGAAUCGUAGGAAAAAGCGAAAAGACUCUGAGGCUCCAAAAGAUAAUGCUAAAAGUGCAUCUUCUGGACGUCAAACUACUGGAAGGAACAAUGUUGCCCAGGAAAAGUUAGAAAAGGUCUCCUCACCCGUAACGUCGUCGUUUGUUGAACAGUGUGCAAAGUCUGGCAAGCAAGGGUCGAACGCCACAUUGGGCAAGAACAAUCAAAAUUCAACAACCACGAAUGCAGACAGAAAGAGUCCGAGUUCAUCGGCAACAAGUGGAAGCAGCCCAAAACCUUCAUCAAAUGUUGGCAAUACUCAAUCGAACUCAAAAACUGCCUCCACUGCUGCCACCAUUACUACCAAUACCACUACUACUCCUUCCACGACUACAACUGUAACUACAACUACGACGACUACUAUAACGAAUACAAGUACUCCUGCACCGCCGGAAUCUGAUGGAGAAGACGAUCGCUCCAAGAGUUCCGAUUCCAGUUCCGCUCCGAAGGUCCCGCCGUUGAAGAUUGUCAUUCCCCAAAGCACGACGUCCGAACAAGAACAAGGCAGUAGGAACGGUAAAAACACAUCGAAUAGGAGUCAUCAGUUGCCUUAUGUAGUAGCAAGUUCAAAUAGUAACGAUUCUACGGAUAAAGAUCAGAGCCAAUCAGCCAGUGGAACGACGAGUCCCAUGGAAGGCAGUAACACUACUACGAAGACCGAGGAAAAGAAGGAUUUCACUGGUGCUCUUCACAGCGAAGAGAGGUCUACGCAUCAUCAAAGAGUCUUAAGAAGUUCACACAGAACGGGCAGUGGUGGUAAUGGUCCAGUAAGUUCAAAAGAAACUGUAGGUGGUUCCACGGGAAAUGGGAAUUAUUCAAAUUCAUCACCUUUACCUGCAACAUCAUCUAAUGAUCGAUCGAAUAACUCGUCGCCACAGCAGAGACAUCACUCUCCAACGCCCGAAACUACGGCGUCUGAACCGAACAAAACUGUGUCUACAGAAUCUACGACUAGUUCUACAAAAUCAACUACCUCGUCGACCGAGAAGCUCGAGAAAAAUGCUGAAGGAAAUGGAAAGAAUCCAAAAGACGGUGGAGAGAAUUCGGAGAGUACAUCCUCAUCCGCAUCCACAGCAGCAAGUAACGUGUCGACAUCAGCUCCUACAGUGGAACUUCAUCCGAGGAAGAGAAAGAUGAAGACCAAUAAAGAGGCGCAACAAGCUGCAGCGACAGCUGCUGCCAACGAAGCAGCGGAAGCUGUUAAUACGGGUCCGGAAGUUCAUCCACAUGAUCAGCCUAUCACAAAUUGCUAUCAAUUGUUUCUCAAUAUUCGAAAGCAGAUCGAACGUAGGCGUAAGGGACUUUUCCCUGUUCAACCAAAACCUCCACAAGGAUUCAAAGAUUAUUUGAUGAAUCGCUGCACUUAUGUGUUGGCUGGAAACGCGAACAAGGAACCAAAUGUAAAUCCUCCUGUUAAUUUAGCCGUGCCGAUGAAAGAUCUGUACAUUGAUCAAGAAAAAGAAAGGUAUCGACUCAGAAUGCAACAUGUAGUUGAAAAGGAGAAGCUCGUCCUGUCGGUUGAACAGGAAAUUUUGAGGGUGCACGGAAGAGCAGCCAGAGCGUUGGCCAAUCAGUCUCUUCCAUUUUCUGUGUGUACGAUUUUAAAAGAUGAAGAAGUUUAUAACGUUAUAACGCCGGAACAGGAAGAGAAGGACAGAAAUGCAAGAAGCAGAUAUAAUGGCAGACUGUUCUUGAGCUGGUUACAAGAUGUGGAUGACAAAUGGGAAAAGAUUAAGGAAGCUAUGCUAUUGAGACAUCACAACGAAGCAGAAUCUUUGCAUGCUGUUCAACGUAUGGAUUGGGAAUGGAAGUUGAAGGAGGUUGGCCUUUGCGAAUUUAAGGCCAGGCCUCAAAUAGAUGAUCUUCAUGUACCUAUGGUACACGUUUCAGACGAUUUUGACCUUCUGCCGGCUUAAUUGUUAUUUUAGAUCUGUUCAUACUUGAAUUACUAUUUCAGAAUCUCUGAAUCCCGUUCAGAGAUAAAACAUAAAAACUGUGAUCUUUCUGUAUAUAUAUAUAUGUAAUAUUUAAGGAAAUACGGGGUUUUUUAUAUUAACGUAAUGUAACGAAAAACUUUACAUUUUUCGAAUAGUGCAGUUACUAUUGAAACUGUUUCUUCAUCGAAUCAAUAGACUGCAGUCCCGCGCCAAGUACGAUAUAUGGGAGAACAGAGAUUUUCCCUUGUUUGAAAUAUGCAGAAAAUAAAUGUUAAGAAUUAUUGUGAAAAUUAUGAAUUGAUAUAAGUAAGAAAUAUGAUGGUUAAAAAAUGUU